CGUAGAUCCGUGAGCGCUAGCCGGAGAGAGACAAGCCUAGCCGAGAGCAGCCGGCUUCAGCGCCCCAGUGCCAGGAUCCCUUGCGCCCUGCUGUGCGGCGUCUGGCAGACUGUCCUCGCCGCUCCCGUAGGCCGGGGCCGCAUUCCCAGUUCCCGAGGGCGGCCGGGAGCGCCACGAGAGUACCCCGAAGGCGGCGUGCGCGCAAGACCUGCGGCCGUGGUGGCCGGCAGACGGCUGACUUCGGCGCGGCUCCCGCAGGGUGCGACCCCCGAGAGCGCCGGGCGCGCGCGACGAUGAGGGCGCGGCCGCAGGUCUGCGAGGCUCUGCUCUUCGCCCUGGCUCUCCACACUGGCGUGUGCUAUGGCAUCAAGUGGCUCAUUGUGAGAGCCAGACAGCAGAAUGACAGACAGCAAGAGACCUUGGCCCAGGGCACUCAAGGCUGUAAAAGAGCACUGUCCAAGACGCCAGCAGCCCUCGCGCUCAAUCAGACGCAACACUGCAAGCAGCUGGAGGGCCUGGUGUCUGCGCAGGUGCAGCUCUGCCGCAGCAACCUGGAGCUCAUGCGCACCAUCGUGCACGCGGCGCGGGAGGCCAUGAAGGCCUGCCGCAGGGCCUUCGCCGACAUGCGCUGGAACUGCUCCUCCAUCGAGCUCGCCCCCAACUACCUGCUUGACCUGGAGAGAGGUACCCGGGAGUCAGCCUUCGUGUAUGCCCUGUCGGCCGCCACCAUCAGCCACACCAUCGCCCGGGCCUGCACCUCUGGCGACCUGCCCGGCUGCUCCUGCGGCCCUGUCCCAGGUGAGCCACCCGGGCCCGGGAACCGCUGGGGAGGAUGUGCGGACAACCUCAGCUACGGGCUCCUCAUGGGGGCCAAGUUUUCCGAUGCUCCUAUGAAGGUGAAAAAAACGGGAUCCCAAGCCAAUAAACUGAUGCGUCUACACAACAGUAAAGUGGGGAGACAGGCUCUCCGUGCCUCCCUGGAAACCAAGUGUAAGUGCCAUGGGGUGUCUGGCUCCUGCUCCAUCCGCACCUGUUGGAAGGGGCUGCAAGAACUGCGGGAUGUGGCUGCUGACCUCAAGACCCGCUACCUGUCGGCCACGAAAGUGGUGCACCGGCCUAUGGGCACCCGCAAGCACUUGGUACCCAAGGACCUGGAUAUCAGGCCUGUGAAGGACUCAGAACUGGUGUAUCUACAGAGUUCCCCUGACUUCUGUAUGAAGAACGAGAAAGUAGGAUCCCACGGGACCCAAGACAGGCAGUGCAACAAAACCUCCAACGGCAGUGACAGCUGCGACCUCAUGUGCUGCGGGCGCGGCUACAACCCCUACACGGACCGCGUGGUGGAGCGGUGCCACUGCAAGUACCACUGGUGCUGCUAUGUCACCUGCCGCAGGUGUGAGCGCACAGUGGAGCGCUACGUCUGCAAGUGAGGCCAUGCGCUCCGCCCCUGUGGAGGGGCCUGGAGACCCCGUGGACUUCCCUGCCGAUCCCAGAUGCCAGGCGUGGGAGGAGCCUUGUGCUGUGACUCCACUUGGAAGCCACCAGGAACAGAAGGCCUGGUCGCCCUGGGAGGGCCGGGGCAUCAAAGGAAACCGAUGGAUUAAAAAUAACCUGGCAGCCUGGGGCCCGAGUGCCCACAUUUGCCUUCCAGGCUGCUCCAAGAAGCCAGGGCAGGGAUGGGUAGGACUGUGUGCGUUUGACCUUUCAAGGCCAGAAAGACCAGCCUCCCAAAAUGUUCUUUGGGACCCUGUGCCCACCACAUGGAACCACUAACUUGGGUUGUAAAUUUUUAUUUUUCUUUCCCCUCUCCUUUGGGAUGCGGGAGUUACAGAAGUAUUUAUAAAAUAUAGCUUUUUCUUUGGGGUGGCUCGCUUCAAUUCCUCUUUAUAUAUUAUAUAUAAAAUAUAUAUAUGAUGGUUAUAUUUUAAA